GAUAAUCAAAGGGUUAUUUUGGCCACCAAACCAAGCCCCACAGAAACAACAACAUGGAAAAUAACCAAAAAAGUUCUAUCAUACUUUCCAUAUAACUUACGAAUAUAUACAUACUGCAUACUUGUCUAUAGAGAGAUGGCUAGCCCAUCUUCAACCCCCGCGAUGCGGCAGCGCACAGUGGCCGAACAUCGAUGGCACAAAGCGUGGGAAUCACUCAAGAAGGAAGAUGCAAAUGAGAUCAAAUUAGACCCCACUCGAACGGAUUAUUUGGACAUUCUUCAAGACAUUCACAAUCUUGCUACCAAGAAAAAAGAAGUAUGCAUACAAAAAGCAUGUAAAUACAAAAAGAAUAAUGGCACAACGAUGAUUAUCCGAGAUCUCUUCGAAAAGAUACUUAUUUGGGUGAAUAAAGUAAAGGAUAUCGGAGAUAUAAUCGUUAGUUACGAUCCUGGCCAUGCAGCUCUCCCUUGGGCAGCGGUGCGAUUGCUUCUUACGAUUGCAGUUGAAGAUAGUCAUUCGUUUGGGGUUUUAAUUGAAGGACUGGAACAAAUCUCAAAGCUGAUCGCUCAGUGUAAGGUGCUCGAAGAUCUGUACUCACAAUCUGCUGGUGACGAUACAGGCUUUGAUGAAGCCUUGCUGGAACUUUAUGUGGCAAUUUUGACGUUUGAAUCGCAUGCGAUUCAAAUAUAUCGAAAAAGCACGCCAAGUCGAUUAAUAUCAGCAAUUAAAUUGCCUUCAAAUAAAUUACAAGAUGGUUUGGAAAUAGUAUGGGUCAAAUAUCAACGAGUUACAGAUUGUACCAAAUUGAUUGACGCUCAACAUAUCCGUCAAUUCGAGAAUAUCAUUCGAAAAUUUGAACAGCCAAUCGUGCGAAGCGCAACAAUUUUGCAGGACUACCAAGAUUCUCUACAGCUCCAAGAGCGCGAGACUUUAUUGAGAUGGCUCUCAACAAUACCGUACCGAAAGCAUCACAAAUUGAAGCGAAGUGAGCGCCUUGAAGGCUCCUGCGAAUGGCUUCUAAACUCGACAGACUAUAUUCAGUGGAAGCAUUCAAGUGCAUCGUCUUUGCUGUGGCUCAAUGGAAUGGCCGGUUGUGGGAAAAGCGUCUUGACGUCCGCUGUGAUCGAAAGUCUUUGUCAGGAGGCUUCUAGCAUGGGAACUGCGGCUCCGGUUGCAUAUUUCUAUUGUUCUCGUAACACUGCAGAGCCUGAAAGAGCCAACCCCGAAGAAGUUCUACGGAGUAUUUUAGAGCAAGUGUCAUCAAAUACCGCUAACCUUCCAAUCAGAAAGCCUGUUGUUGAGGUCUACAAGAAUUUGAAAAAAGAUAACCGAGGACUCCCUCCUCAGGAGCGCUUGAGCUUAGAUGAGACUACCGAAGUGCUUCUUGAAAUACUUCAAGUAGAUCCUUUCUAUGUGGUGAUCGAUGCACUGGAUGAAUGCAAUCCUAAUGAGAGAUUCAACCUUAUUGAAUCCUUGAAAACUAUCAUUGAUGAAUCUGCCAAUGUUGUAAAAGUUUUCAUUUCGAGCAGGAGAGACUAUGACAUAGUCAGUCAACUUGAAGAGUCACCAUGCAUCUCGAUUCAACCUAGCCAUAUUUCCAAAGAUAUCGAGGAUUACGUCAAGAAGGAAGUUUCCGAAGCAAUUGAGAAGAAAAAAAUCGUCAAAGGAAAACUCAUGCCUAAAGAAAAGAAGGAAAUAGAGCAAAAAAUAACUCAAGUUCUUAUUGAAGGAUCUCAGGGAAUGUUUCGAUGGGUAAGCUUGCAAAUACAGCAAUUGUGUAGGCAGGUUAAGGUCAAAAGAGACAUUGAUAGUGUUCUCAGAAAGCUCCCAAAAUCACUUGAGGAAUCUUAUCAUCUUGUCUAUCAAGAUAUUAUGAAUUCGGAAGAGCCAAGUCAGAAAGUCGCCAUCAGGACAUUACAGGUGUUGUUAAGCACGAGGCGAAAACUCAGUCAGGAAGAGAUGAUCGCUGCAGUCAUUGUUGACAUCGACACAAACGAAAUCCUGGCCUCUACAGUUGAAGAGUUACUAGAUGUUUGCUGCAACCUUAUAAUCUUUGAUGAAGGAGAAGGGAUUCUACGCUUUGCACAUCUUUCGGUUCGAGAAUUUCUGGAAAAAUGUGCCCCAAGAGAUUGUUUCAGCAUUCAAUCCACAGAAUUAUUCAUGAUGAAUCGAUGUCUCUACGUCUUCUUAUACGGAUCUCGCCAUACCAUCAUUUUCGGAGAGCAAGCAGACAAGAUUACUCGACAGAACAUGGAAUUUACAUCAUAUGCAUAUGUCAACUGGCCAGAGCAUUGCCAAUUAGCGCAGCGCGAUGAGGUGACUAGCGAAUUUUUGAAGGAGUUUAUUGGGAACGAUUUGGAUGAAGGCUAUAGUGCAUCAUAUAUGCAGUGGCUCAAAGCCACUGAAGAGCAUAGAAUGAGAGAGAGAUAUUUUCAGAUCAAAUGGUACAAUUUUGAUAAGAAAACCCCUCCAUCUAUCCUGAGCAUAUCCUGUAUAUACGGAUUGAUGCCAAUUAUCAUGACUUUGUUGCCAUACAAACGUGUCGUUUGGAAUGAGCCUAUUUCACAAGUUGGUUUUCCUUUUGACUACAGUUCCACCACAACUUACCCAUUGGUAUGUGCAGCUGAGAGGGGAUUCGACAUGAUUGUCAGGCAAUUCCUUAGUAGAGACAAUGGUCACUAUGCAGAAGGCAGCUCCAGACACGAGAUAUUAAUGAAGAGUAUUGAGAGAGCUAUCUUUGCCUCCCGUACCAAUGUCGUAAAGACUCUGCUUGACUGUGGUAUGAUAAAUGUCAACGAUCCCACAACGCUGGAAUCUCGAAAAGAAUUGCGUUGUGCCUGUCUCCUUCGUAUAGCUGUUCGGUACGAUCUCGAAGAAAUGGUCAAGCUUUUACUGAAUUACGGAGCUUCUCGGAAGCGCGAGAAAUGGACACCGCAUCCCUCCUAUAGAAACAGAGGAGAGUUUGAUAUCCUUGGAGGCGCACGCAUCCUAGAUGAUCAGAAUUAUUCACUUUUAGAAAUUGCUGUAUCAAGAUGCAAUAUCACCAUUGUAGAUGCUCUAUGUUCCUAUGGCUCAGAUAUUAUGGCGAGAACUCCUUCGGGGGUUACCCUUAUACAUCGUCUUGUUAUGGGCCACCCCGAAAACCGAAACACUGGGGUUCCGCGGCCCUCUACAGAAAAAUUUAACAGUACUCUUGAACAUCUAAUCGGAAAGGGCCUGGAUGUAGCGGCGACCGACAAUUAUCGCUGGACAGCGUUGCAUUUUAUUACGGUGUAUCAGUAUGAUGCGGCCGAUCUGCUAUUAUUAUUCAUCAAUGCUGGUACGCCUAUUAAUGCACAGAAUAUGAAAGGAGAUACUGCCUUGAGUCUUGCAGCUGAGUUUGCGUUCGAAAUGGAUGCGAACGAGUGUGUAAAAAUUCUUUUAUCACAAGGUGCAGAUCCUUCCAUUGUGAAUAAAAAUGGCCUUACUGCAUUAGAUCAAGCUUGGAAAGCGCACGAAAAACAAGAAUUGGAGCAUUUGAUAUUCAAUAUCGAACUUCUGAAUAUGGCAUUACAAGAUCAAAUCAUGGAAGAUAUUUGGAGGUUAUUUGCCGAUGCUUAGAUACCCAUUAAGCGGUGAGUUAUUCACCCAUGGUUUCAGAUUGAAAUGGUCCAAGCCGGCAUCGAAUACCGAAGGGACUCCCACUAUCCAAGAAAUAAUCAUAUGCUGAAUUCUUUUUAAGUUUUAGGAAGGAAUCAAAUUUCAAGGUUUCCAUACCCCUACCCCAUGUGCAAGAUGAUCAAACUUCACUUUCUUAAAGAAUUGAAUGAAUUCACCCUUUGCAAAUGGUGUUUUUUAUAAAAGAGACUUGGAGCCAUAUCAUCACUCGAUGUUCGGAAAUCAUAACUAUCAAUCAUUAUGUAUUGCCGGUUAUGCUCAUACUUCUGCAUUGAAUCAAAGAGAAAAAUUGACCAGAGAUAAAAGAUUAAUAGCUAUCCAAGACCAUGAAAGAACUGAUGUGUUCGGAAUUCAUGAAAGAACUCGCAUGUGUCAUUUCGAAAUUUUACAUACCAAGAAAUUAGAGAUUUCCACAUGAACUUGCGAAAAUUCCAGUUAUAGGAGGAAUUUUCAAUGGUUUAUUCUUGAGAUGAAGAUUUGGCAAGUCAAAGAAAAGGUGUGUAUGGCCGAUGUCCACAUUACUUGGAGCAUCGACUUUGUGUUGCACUAACGACCAAGAUUUUCCUUAAGAUGUGCAUUCAUAAUCACCAGAUUCACUUGCGUAUAAAGCUAUAAGUACUUCCACCCAGAUGAUAUGUUGUGGGAAGUUCACUGAAGUCUUAAUUUAUCUACCGGAACGUUGAGAUAACACCAGU